AUGUAUAUGUUAACAGAAAGGCAAAGAAAGAAUGAAAAGAGAAAUUACAAAGGAAAAAUUAAAUGGGCUGUCUUCAUCCUGUUUGGUGGCAAGAGUUCUGUAUACAUUCUGGAUACAAGUGCUUUGCCAGAGCCAGGAAAACAAUUAAGAAGCACUCGGGAGGGAGACUUUCAAGAUGGUGGACGAGUAAAACGCGGAGAUCACCUUCCUCUCCACAAAUACAUCAGAAAUACAUCUACACGUGGAACAAUUCCUACAGAACACCUACUGAACGCUGGCAGAAGACCUCAGACUUCCCAAAAGGUUCUGGAAAAGAUCUGUAACAUUCUACGUACUGAUUCUCUGGCAGAAGUUCUACAGCGCCUGCUCCAUGCAAGUUCCAAAGAAAAGGAGUGGGUCUCAGCUUUGAUUCAUGCUGAACUGGCUGAGAUAAACUUGUUAACUCCCCUCAGAAGAAAAGCCUCAGCGGAACUAGCAGCAGAGACUGGCAGGCCACCCAAAGUUAAACCCCCCUUAGAUUCACCAGCAAAAUCAGAAGUGCUAACCAGUUCUAGGGAAGGACAUCGACAGAGCAGAGUGUCAAGUCAAGGAUCUGAAGGAAAUAAGGAACUACUGAAAGAGGCUGAGCACAAGCUUCCACUGUUUAUAAGAAGAAAUAAGAUGAAAAUACCCAUUGCAGAAUAUUUCAGCAAGCCAAAGUCUCUUCCCAGGCCUAAAACUCAAGAGAGCAUAUCAACAAAACCAACAUAAGCAAGGAGUAUACAGCAAGGAUACAGUCUCUCUCCCCAGAGAAGAUUUUAUCCUGUAACACACCAAAGGUAGAAAUUCUAGACUGGGCUGUCUUUCACAAACGUGAGUUUCACUUUGUUAUAACAUCAAAUUAUCAAAAACAUGUUUUUGGUAUGGAGGAAUCAAUAGCUCCUCUAUAUGUUGGUACAUGUAAAUCUCAAAGCACCUGUAUAUAAUGAUACUAAAUAAAUAUUAAGGGAGAUAAUAUUUCUAUUUGUAGUUAAAUUAGUACCAUGUAUAAAAGAAAUAUGUUUAUAUACUAUAUUUCUAGUCUCGCUACUAUUAAUAUUAGUACAUAAGCAUUGGGCUCUGAUACUAGAAAAAUCAUCCAUAAUCAGAAUUAGGCAAUUUCAAUUCUACACUACCCCAAAAUCUGAUAAAAAAUAAAAAGCAACGACAAUAAACAAACAGAAUUUUAACAUCUGAGCUACUUUUUGCAAUCUACUGUGUUUCAAUGUUGUUGGACUAUUGGAAAAAUGGUCAUCUCCUUACCCAAUCUUUUGUUUAGAAUGUUUGCACUGAUAUUCAAAACAGAUAUUAUAAAUUUUUUGUGUGUGUGCAUUUAUGCAUACACUCUUUUUUUUUAAACAUCUUUAUUGGGGUAUAAUUGCUUUACA